GCAGCAUGCAGCAAAUAUUAUGCAUCACAGCUACUACAGCGCUUGUCCAGGGUCUCAUGAAAAGAAGGUACAAAAACCACUUUAGUGAUGGGCCGCGACUAUCGACAAAAGGACGACGGAUAUAAAUCGAAAGGACCUUCAAAAAGAGCUCAACAUGGUGAUUCGUGGUCAGCAAAUCGAAAGGUUCAGAAAGGCGUCAAACUGAUAGCUGAAGAAAACUCAGAAGUAGUCCAAGCUUUCAGGGUUUUCCAGAACGAGUUAGACACUAAACAUGACAAGCACGAGAGGCUGGUCAAACUUAGCAGAGAUGUCACCAUUGAAAGCAAGCGGACUAUAUUCCUACUGCAUCGCAUCACAGGUGAUGAGGACAGGGAGACAGUCAUCAAAGAGGCCGAGGAUAAGAUCAAGUUAAUUCAAUCCACUCACAUUCUUCAAAUUGCCAAGGAGCUACAGGGACAAGAUCCUUUCCUUUUCCAACGAGCCAUCUCACCCGGGUUCCAGGAGUAUGUGGAGGCAGUUUUAUUUCUCUGCUACAUCAAGGAGAAGAAGCUGAUGACUUUGGAGGAGGUCAGGGGGCAGCUGGUCUUCCAGGUCCCUGCUGGGGAGGAUUCACUUGCAAAGGAGGAUUCACGCAAGUCAGAUGUUGUAUCCGAUGCUACCCCCGAUGGAGAGGUACAUGACCCGGAUAGCCCAAUGAGGGCGCUUUCGGUAUCUGUAUCUCCUAUGGACUACGUCCUUGGUAUUGCCGACUUCACUGGUGAGCUGAUGAGAAUGUGUAUCAAUAGCAUUGGCAAUGGAGACACAGAGACACCCUUCGUGCUGGUCACCUUCAUGCAGCAGCUCUACGAUUGCUUCCAGCUUCUGGGAAACACACCAGGCCGUGAGUAUACUCGUAAGAUGUCAGUGAUGCGACAGAGCCUGGCCAAGGUAGAGAAUGCGUGUUACAUGUUGAGAGUCCGCGGAUCGGAGUUUCCUAAACACAUGCUGCUGGAUGCGAUAUCGGCCCUCCCUGGUGGUAGCACAGACACCAUGGACUUAGACACGUGAAGUUAUAUUUUGUUUUGGUGUAUUUUGGAGGCGGCCAAACUUUGUAAAUAAAGACAUCUUGUUUCGCUUUGGGAGACAGUUGAUAAAUCAACAUUUUUUUUUAUAAGUCUUGGCGACUAGUGCGACUAGUGUCGAAGUUGCGACUAUUGAUUGCUUUUUCGAGUCGCGACUAAUGUUUUUCAACUACUAUGUUAGUGCUGCCACGACUACAAUCAUAGUCGGGACUACUACAAAAAUAGUUGCGACUACCUGUUUGGUGAACCAAUUGUGUCGCUCACGACAUCAUAAUUUACGUAUAAAAAACACAAUCAGACAUCUGUGAUACAUGUGUACAUCCUUCAAUCCAUCAGCGUCAAUUUUACUAUAUUGCGCUUUGGCAAACAUUUGUCGCAAUUCAUCUACGGAAUUAAAAAUAAGUUGCGACUCGUGUCAAAGUCGCAACUAUUUAAGGCACUACUACUCGAAAAGUAAAUUCCAUAAGUCGCCCAGGAGUAUAUUUUAGUAACUAACUGAUUUGCGUAACAGUCAUGUUUGUCUGCUUGGAAUGCUUUGAUACUGUGUCACCAAUUGUAGUCGGAGCGGAUGUAGUAAUGGUAACAUAUUGUUUGUUUAAUGAGCCAUUUGCAUGUGACAUCACAAUCUGAAACAGCGCCCUCACUGAAGUCAAGGAAGACCUAUCAUUGGCUGAGAGUUGUACAUCACGCGUUUAACUAGAGCAGAGGCGACCUUCACAAGGGGUCUAUUGACACUUUCCCAUAUUGUAAGAAAACGGUUUAAAGACAAUGAUGGUGGAAAGCUUUCCUUAGACUUGCUGAGGUGCUGUAUUUUUUGUUAGAAAUGAGUCGUCUCGGGAUAAGAAAAUUGUUUUAACAUUUAUAGGCCUACAAGGUAUUUACCAUUACUGGUAUUUACGCGACUCUCUUCAAAACAUUGCUCUGUGAUUUGAACUUUUUUGUUCUCAAAAACUUGACGACUGAUGAAGCUGAAACUUCUACUGGUAAAUGUUACUACGUAUGUUCAUUCAAAACCUUGAAGAUGGGAUUUAAACUAGGCUCCACUGAGGUGAAAUGCAGGGCACAAUGGGUGGUGCCAUUUCAUAAAAAAUCUUAAAUUUUUAUAGUACUUAUUUUUCUUUAUAGUAAUAAUUCUUCAUUCAUUAAAAUAAGCUAACAAUUUGAAGGUUAGCAAAGUAACUUG